AUGUCAUUUGCCGAUUCAUUUACUCCAAUUGCUUUUAAGGACACUAACAUGUUCAAGCCACUAAAAGUUGGUAAAACUGAGGUCCAACACAGAGUUGUUAUGCCUCCUUUAACCAGAAUGAGAGCUACUCAUCCUGGUAAUAUUCCAAACUCCGAAUUGGCCGGUAAUUACUAUUAUCAACGUUCUACGAGACCAGGUUCCAUGUUGAUCACUGAAGGUACCUUCAUUUCUGCUCAAGCUGGUGGUUAUGACCAUGCUCCAGGUAUUUGGUCUGACGAACAAGUCACUGAAUGGAAAAAAAUCUUUGGUAGAGUUCAUGAAAACAAGUCAUUCAUCUGGGUUCAAUUAUGGGCUCUAGGUAGACAAGCCAGUAUUAAGGAGAUGGCUAGAGAUGGUCUUCGUUAUGACUCUGCCUCUGAUGGUGUCUACAUGACUGAAGAAUCCAAGGAAGAAUCUUUAAAGGUUAAGAACCCACAACAUGGUUUAACUCAAGAUGAGAUUAAGCAAUACAUCAAGGAAUAUGUCCAUGCUGCUAAGAAUUCCAUUGCUGCUGGUGCAGACGGUGUCGAAAUUCAUUCUGCUCAUGGUUAUUUGCUAAAUCAAUUCCUUGACAGCAAUUCUAACAAGAGAACUGACCAAUAUGGUGGUUCUUUAGAGAACAGAGCGAGAUUCACCCUUGAAGUUGUUGACGCUGUUACUGAAGCUGUCGGUGCCGAUAAAGUUGGUAUUAGAUUAUCUCCAUACAACCUUUACGGGUCUAUGGCAGGUUCUGCUGACCCUGAUUUCCUUGCUACUUACGCUUACGUUGUUGGUGAAUUAGAACAAAGACGUAAGGGUGGUAAGGGUUUGGCUUAUAUUCAAUUAACUGAACCUGCUUUGGAUACCAGUUUCAUUGUUCCAGAUGCUGUUAGUAGUAGCAUUGAACACCCUCAAGGUACCAAUGACUUCAUCUUUUCUAUCUGGAAGGGUCCAGUCUUAAGAACUGGUGAUUUAGGUGAACGUCCAGAGGUCGCUUUGAGAUACCUAGAAAAUGAAAAUACUUUAGUUGGUUAUGGUAGAUAUAUAAUCUCGAACCCAGAUAUCGUUGACCGUUUGGAAAAGGGUUUACCUUUCAAUAAGUACAACUUCAACACUUUCUACCUUCCAAGUGCUGAAGGUUACACUGAUUACCCAACUUAUGAUGAAGCUGUCAAGCUAGGUUACAAAUAA